AUGAGUAUCAGCCAAGGCCGAAAGGUUCCAGACGCGGCUACGGAAUGUUUAUUGUUUGCAAUCUAUUAUUCUACAGUAAUAGCUAUUCCAGCAGCAGAAUGCCGCCAAGAACUUCAAGAAGAAAAACCAGGCUUGCUGCAACGGUUUCGCAAUGGGGUAGAACAAUCGCUUAGACGAAUUGAUUUCUGGAGCUCCCGGGAUAUAAUCCCCUUACAAGCAUUCACUCUAUACCUGAUUUGCGGACGGCAAGACCAAAGUGGCCCCGAUGUCUCGUCUCUAAUCGGGAUCGCAAUUGGCAAUGCGAUGAAACUAAGUAUUCACAUAGACAUCCCUGGUAUGCGUGCAUUUGAUCUCGAAAUGCGGCGCCGAUUGUGGUGGCAGAUCUGCACUUUGGACGUUCGAGUCGCCGAAGAGUUUGGCCGUGAACCUUUUAUCCUUGAGCAGAGCCUUCGCACAGAGCUACCGCUCAACACCAGUGAUGCGAGCUUAGAUCCUGAUAUGGGCGAAUUGCCGAGCCAACAACCGGGACGAAGCGAGAUGUUAUUCAGUCUCAUCCGGUUUGAAGUAAGCAACUUCGCGCGGCGAAUUAUUUUUUCGGACAGAUUUUGCCAAAGCAACGGCUACCGUAUAAUGAAUGAAGCGCAGAAAUGCCAAGAAGUAGAUCGGUUUAGAGAGCGCAUUGAGAAGCAGUACCUUUCAUACUGUUACAAUGGAACUCCACUGGACUGUAUCACGGUUAAGAGCAGCCGCCUCAUUCUUGCAAAUUUAAAAUUGGCUGUUUGUAAACCGCGAGCUAACCAGAAUCAUGGAAUUCCAUUACGAGUCAACUAUCGCAAGGCUUGCGAAGAAGUCCUGCAACAUGCGCAUGCCUUGCGUCAAUACAGCAAAGGCCGUCGUUGGCUGUGGCUAUUUCAGACAUACGUGGAAUGGGAUGCUUUGGCGUAUCUCUUGCUAGAUAUUUGCAUCACGCUGUCAUCCCCAUCAUCUAACGAACCGCUUACUCUGCCGUGGGAAGUUAUUGAUGAAACCUACAAUCACUGGAAGAACAAUGUAGAUGUUCAUCGGGGUCGCCGCUGGGCUCAUAUCGAGGAACUCCGGUCACAAGCGUUGUCCGUAAUGGAGAAGACGCGAAAUACAGCGCAAGCGCCCCGGGCAAGCUCAUCUUGUUCCUCUCUAAGGGCACAAGGUCAGUGUGAUGGUAUGUCGGAUACCAGCAUUGAGAGUCAGCAACCGUAUGAAUAUUCCGAUUCUACGUUCAAUCAGCAUUCUGCUAUUGCGGCCAAGAUGCUUAUUCCCCCGCGUUUAAACCCUUUGGGUGGUAUUUCGCAGACGCAACGGCCCUACAUCACAGAUCUUCAAAAUCCCGAUCUCAAUAUUUCGACUGAUAAGGUGCCCCAGAGGUGGGCUCUAGCAGAUGUAACUUCUGAAGAAGUCCAAGUCUCUGCUAACACAGCAGACCUGCCCGGAGCUGGGACUGUUUGUGAGUGGAGCAGUUCACUCAUAGAGAAGUAUUGGGAGAUUGCCGGACAGGGAUAUGAGGAGUCUAAUGCCUGGAGUUCAUCAAUUUAG